UGGAAUGCGGCAGGAACAGGAUGCCCAGUCUGGGCUGCAGAAACCAGAACUACCACAAGAUGGCAGCAAAGCAGCAUUUUAAAAAAACCUCAAUUGUUUGCUGCCAUCUAGGGAUGGCCCGGGAAUUGCACCCAAGAUUUCUCUCCCUGAGUGGAAAGGAUAGGAGAGGCAAUUGGCCCCAUUGUCGUGGAGCCAAUGCAAGGAAAAAGGUUGGCGAAAGGAAAAUCCUGGCAUUCGGAGAAUUUAAAUAUGAGUUAGACUUGGAAAAUGGACUUGUCCAUAGCCAAAGCUGCCACUGCCAAUAUGUAUUAAUAUUCUGCUUUUCUCACAUACAGGAACAUCCCAAGAUCCCAGUCAAGAAAAUCAAUAGUAGUAAUAGUAAAUAAUGCAAGAGUGAAUAAAGACAGCCUGGUGGUGGGCAGGCAGGAAAAUGAAUACAAUAAAACCUGGGCAUCACAAGGGCUAGGCACAAGGGUGGAGCCAGGCAGUACAAGGAAAUGAUCCCGCUGGGCAGGGAUGUUUGUUGGGGCAAAGACCAGUUAGCACAAAGUUGAAGACAAACCCAUUGUUUCCUAUUAGCAGUGCCAGGUGUGUGGAGUGUCACACAGAAGCAGAAGGUGGCUAUGUCAGCUGAGGCCACAGCAGAUUCAUCCCCAUCCCUGGAGAAUUGUGCUCCGCUGGUCCCAACCCAACACCGACGGGAUGGCAGGGGUGGGGUAACUGAAGUGACUUUGGAUCUCAAGCCACUGAACCCCAGCAGCAAGUACGUCAAGCUGAAUGUGGGAGGAUCUCUGCAUUACACCACCGUGCAGACCCUGACCAAGCAAGAUACCAUGCUCAAGGCCAUGUUCAGUGGCCGAAUGGAAGUCCUCACAGAUAGUGAAGGUUGGAUUUUGAUUGACCGAAGCGGCCGCCAUUUUGGAACUAUUUUGAAUUAUUUGCGAGAUGGUUCAGUAUCUCUUCCAGAGUCACAGCGGGAGCUGGAGGAAGUGUUGUGUGAAGCCCGGUACUAUCUGAUCCAAGGUUUGGUUGAGGACUGCCAGCUUGCGCUACAGCAAAAAAGUGAAGCCUAUGAUCCUCUCUGCCAUAUCCCCAUGGUGACAUCUCCCAAGGAAGAGCAACAGAUCAUCUCAAGAUGUUCCAAGCCUGUGGUGAAGUUACUGCAUAACAGAAGUAAUAACAAGUAUUCCUAUACCAGUAACUCUGAUGACAACUUACUGAAGAAUAUCGAACUCUUUGACAAACUAGCUCUGAGGUUCAAUGGACGAGUGCUUUUCAUCAAAGACGUUCUUGGGGAUGAGAUCUGCUGCUGGUCAUUCUAUGGGCAGGGCCGCAAGAUUGCGGAGGUUUGCUGUACUUCCAUAGUGUAUGCCACUGAAAAAAAGCAGACCAAGGUCGAGUUUCCCGAAGCCCGGAUCUUUGAAGAAACGCUGAACAUCCUGAUUUAUGAGACACCACGGGUGCCAGACAAGGCCCUCCUGGAGGCCACCGGGGGAGUUGCGGGUGGAGGCGGAGGCCCCCUCCGUGCUGGUGACGACGAAGAUGGGCGGGAGCACCGCGUCCGGCGCAUUCACGUCCGCAGGCACAUUAUGCAUGACGAACGCCCUCAUGGCCACCAGGCUGUUUUCAAAGACUGAUCCAGCCUUGUUCCAAGGUCCUCAUCACUCCAAUUCUUCCGUGCCAAAAGAGGGCCAUUUUUCUUUUGAUAUUUCACCCAAGAGAGUCCUCUUUGGUGUUUGUAU